CAUUAUAAGACACGUGUAUUGUGUUUUAUUUGCAAGUUGUACUUUUAAAACAGGUUUGGAGUAAAUCAAAAUCAGUAAUUAACGCUUUUAUUUUGAAGCACAGAAGCGGAAACGACCAACGCGCUGUGGCUGUCUUUAUACUUUUUCAGCAGGACGAGGAUCCAUCCUGUGCGAUGUGAGAAGUCAUCUCUGCAGUUUGUCUCAUGUCCACUCUGGAAUUGAUGAAAAAGGAGUGCUUUGCCUCAGGGGCCUCAGGGGCCUUAGGGGCCUUGUCCUCUGCUUCUUUGAAGAGAAGAUUGAUCCGGAGGAAGAGAGUCGCUCCAAGGGCCAACUCUCAGGAGGUGACCGCCGACUGUCAGCCGUGCAGGUGUUCCAUAUUGUCCGACUCUGGGAGCGGGAGAACUGUUCGACGGGUUCUGACGGCCUGCCUGCUGUCCUUCCUGGCCCUGCUGGGCUCCGUGUCCAUGGACCUGGGCUCCAACUUCCACCUGCUCCACUCCACGCAGGCCGCUCACGGCGAGCUCGCGUCUUGCAGAACGGCGGCCAUCUUGCGCCUGCUCGGUAAGCUUCAAGCCGCGCGCCGCCUGCUCGGGAAAGACCACGCCAACGUCUCGGCAUGGGACCUCUGCAGUGAUGCCGCGACUGGCGGCGACGGCUACGGGCUCCCGUGCGACCACGAGACAGGCGCACUUUGCCAGGAGAUGGCGAGGACCGUGGGCGGGUUACUUGGAACAGGUGACAACCACACCUGCGACCUAUCUGCGGUGAUCGGAGGACUUCUUGAUAUGUGGGGACCGGUAGAAGAUACUUUGACCAGAGCCAGACGCGACUCCAACUGGAGGGAUGUUCUCGCUGCCAGACUCCUGCUCACAUUCAAAGAACUCAACCACCAGCUGAUGGACGUCCCCCACGAGCUGGAUCUACCAGACUUCCAGGACAGGUGGGCUUUUUUCUUGAAGCACUUGAGCUUUGCGGCGCUCAUGACGGAACAACUCAACGACUGCUGGUUGGAGAACAUCGACCGAAAAUUCAACGCCAGCCGGCGUUUCAAACACCUUCUGGACACCGACCUGUGGGAGUUCUCUCCGGGGAAAGACCUACCCGGGUCAGGCCUUGGACUCCAAGCUCUGACGGACACCGAGCACUGCCUGUUUGCUGGCGCGGCGCCGGCACUCAGGAAGGCGUCUCGGUCCUUGGCGUCGCGCCUCAGCAUGAAGAUCAGCCUGCUGGCCAUCGCCUGCCUCAGCUACCCGCUGGUCAUGUUCUCCUUCAAGCAGAUGACCGAGUGGAUACACGACUACGCCCGCAGACUGAAGGACAAGACCGAGGACUUGAGGCGUCAGAGGCAACUGGCCGAGGACCUGCUGCACCAAAUGCUGCCCAAGACCGUGGCCAGACAACUCCGCCGGCAGAAACACGUGGAGGCCGAGAGCUACGAGAAGGUGACCAUUUUCUUCUCGGACAUCGUUGGCUUCACGUCCAUCUCAGCCUCCUGCACUCCUCUGCAGGUGGUGGGCAUGCUCAACAACCUCUACCUCUGCUUUGACACGCGCAUCGACUCUUACGACGUCUACAAGGUGACACCACACAACUGCACAUCUUCUUACCACUUCUACAAGGUUGAAACCAUCGGUGAUGCGUACAUGGUGGCCAGCGGUCUUCCCGAGAGGAACGGAGACAGACACGCCGAUGAGAUCGCCAAGAUGGCGCUGGAUCUGGUGGCGGCCGUCAGACAAGUGUCCAUCCCUCACAUGCCCGACCAGAGGCUGCAGCUGCGAGCUGGAAUCCACACAGGUCCGUGCGUGGCAGGAAUAGUGGGCUCCAAGAUGCCAAGAUACUGCCUGUUUGGGGACACCGUCAACACCGCCUCCAGGAUGGAGUCCACCAGCCUGCCUCAGAAGAUCCAUGCCAGCUCAGAGAGCUACUUGGCGCUGGCCAAAGACAACGCCUACGAGCUGCAGCUGCGUGGAGAGAUCGAAGUGAAGGGUAAAGGUAAGAUGAACACUUACUGGCUGCUGGGCCACAAGAACUUCAGCGUCCAGAAUGACAGUCUAGUCUGUCACUGGAACCCAAACAAGGCCAGGAAGAAGAAGAAGCUUCUGGCAAGCAGUGACGUCUCUGUGGGCAACUCGUCAGUGACCGUGCAGAGCCAGAGUGAGAAGGUCUCCCUUCCCUCCAAUCCAAGUCCUCCACAGCCCGGGUGUGACCACGCAGGCCCGAGUGUGACGGGGCCCCCAGGCACUAUGGGCUCCAUGACCAGGGGCCUGCAGGGAAGUGUGACGGGGCCCCCAGGCACUAUGGGCUCCAUGACCAGGGGCCUGCAGGGAAGGGAGGAGUCCUCCCAGUCCAGAAGCAGAGCUGGCGAGGAGAACCACAACAAGCUGGACCUGACGUAGCACAACAAGUCAGUCCAAGCAACUUGGCUUCUUCAUUCUCCAUUCUGCGUUGUCAUGGCAACACACGGGGGCGUGGCUUCAGUACAGGGCUGUCCUAACCUGAUGAUGGCUAACAGCAUGUGGCACAUUCCAAAUGUACUAGACGUAAAACACUUUUCCAAGUAUAAUA